AUGUGUCGACGACUUGCUCGGGAAGAAGGAAUGUUUGUUGGGACUUCAACGGGUUUGAAUGUCGUUUCUGCUAUUGCUCUUGCGGAGGAGCUAGGCCCUGAGAAGACCGCGGUUACUGUCGCUGUCAACGCUGGCCUGAAGUUUCUCAACGGAAACCUCCUAGCAAAUGCCUGGGGUUGCAAAUGA